AUGACCAUGCUGAUGGAUAAAGACGAAAAGAAUUGUACAAGGGACCGCGUUCAGCGUCUUUUUAACAAGAAUGUUGAAUUGGAGAACAAGCGGAGGAAAGCUUCUCAGGCCAGGAUUCCUUCAGAUCCCAACACAUGGCAGAAUAUGCGUGAAAAUUAUGAAGCACUUAUCCUUGAAGAUCAUGCUUUUUCCGAACAACACGAUGUAGAAUAUGCUCUGUGGCAGUUGCAUUAUAGGAGGAUUGAGGAACUGAGGGCACUCUUCAAUGCAGCUUUAGCUUCUACAGGAUCCCAAAAUGUGAAAGCUCCUGUUCGUUCUGGACCAGAUCGGCUUACGAAGAUUCGUUCCCAGUUUAAGACAUUUCUUUCCGAGGCCAGUGGAUUUUAUCAUGAUCUGAUGUUGAAGAUACGAGCAAAGUAUGGGUUGCAAUUGGGAUAUUUUUCUGACGAUCGUGAUACUCAGAUUUCGAUAUCAGAAGAUGGAAAUAAAUCAUCCGAUAUGAAAAAGGGCUUGAUAUCUUGUCAUCGUUGCUUGAUUUAUCUGGGGGAUUUAGCACGAUAUAAAAGCUUGUAUGCGGAAGGGGAUUCUAAAGCCCGGGAUUUCACAGCUGCUUCUAGUUACUACAUGCAAGCUUCUUCAAUCUGGCCUUCAAGUGGCAAUCCACAUCAUCAGCUUGCUAUACUGGCUGGAUAUUCAAAUGAUGAACUGCUGUCAAUUUACCGCUAUUUUAGAAGUCUCGCAGUUGAGAACCCUUUCAUUACUGCUAGGGAUAACUUGAUCAUUGCUUUUGAGAAGAACCGUCAGAACUAUACCCAACUACUUGGUGAUGCUAAGACUGCUGCUGCUGUCAAGAUGACACCUCAAAGGGUGCCUGGGAAAGGAAGAGGCAAAGGGGAAACCAAGCCUUCUUUUAAAGAUAGCAAGAUUGAGGCCACCGUAGUUAAGGGAAAAGCAUCAAAUAAUUUUGAUCUCUUGAAGGUCUUCGUGACGCGAUUUGUGAGGCUGAACGGCAUUCUCUUUACUCGUACAAGCUUGGAGACCUUUGCCGAGGUGUUCUCAUUGGUUAAAAGUGAUUUAUUGGAGCUUCUUUCUUCUGGGCAUCGUGAAGAAGCCAACUUUGGUUCGGAUGAUGCUGAGUGUAGACUCACAAUUGUCAGGGUGAUUGCUAUCCUAAUAUUUACCGUGCAUAAUGUGAACAGGGAAAGCGAAAACCAAUCAUAUGCCGAUAUACUGCAAUGUUCUGUCCUGCUUCAAAAUGCUUUUACUGCAACCUUUGAAUUUUUGGGCUGCGUUCUUGAACGAUGUAACCAGUUAUCUGAUCCCUCAUCGAGCUACUUAUUACCUGGGAUUAUGGUAUUUGUUGAGUGGCUUGCCUGUCAUCAGGAUGUAACAAUCAGGAGUGAUAUGGAGGAGAAACAAGUGAAUGCCAGGUCCUACUUCUGGAACAAAUGUAUCUCAUUUCUGAACAAGCUUUUGGCAAGUGGUGUAUUUGUCGGUAAAGAUGAAGAUGAAACAUGUUUUUCUAACAUGAGUAAGUAUGACGAGAGUGAGACUGCCAAUCGUCUGGCGCUGCCCGAGGACUUUGAGCUGAGGGGAUUUGUUCCUCUUCUUCCUGCCCAACUCAUCCUCGAUUUUUCGAGAAAACACUCAUUUGGUGGUGAUGGUGGCAGUAAAGAAAGGAUGGCCCGUGUUCAGAGGAUCAUUGCAGCUGGGAAGGCUCUUGCAAAUAUCAUCAAAAAUGGCCAGGAGAGUGUAUAUUACGUCUCUAAGCAGAAGAAAUUUGUGUUUGGUGUUGAGCCUCAGGAUGUUGAUGAUUAUUUACUGGAACCCAGUGUGAGUGUUAGCACGGUAGGCAUUCCUGUGCAAUACGGAAUGGUGUCAAAGAUGGAGAUGGGCGUGGAUGAUGAGGACGAGGAUGAGGUGAUUGUUUUUAGGCCGCCCGCUACUGAGAAGCAUGUCAAUGAUUUUUCUACUACUUUGAGUUUAGGGGUUUCUUCUCCCACUGUUGGGUUUGGUGAGAUGGAUUCUAAGAAUGAGAACCGGUCCUCUGUUGUAAAUGAUGGUUUUCUCCUACAUGUUGCUUCGAGUGCAGGCUUUAAACUUUCUGACGUUGUUGCUAAUGGCAAUCCACAAACUCUGCAGUCAAUCCAGCCCAACACAUCGAAUUGGUCUGUAGAACACAAUUCUAUUGUGAAUGGUUUGGCCCACUUAAAUUUAGGGGAAAAUGGUGGACCCCUGCUGAAAUCGGAGCUGCAAGAAAAGUUUGGAGUUUCUCAACCCACUUCCUUUUCCAUGCCCUACCCCCAGUUUGUGAGUCCUGGAAGUAGCCAAAAUUAUUCCAUUCAGAUUCCACAGGCUACUAUGCCGCCGAAGCUAGAUUCUGUUAUGACCUCUGGAGCAUCAGUCAAUGGACUACCAGUGAAACCAUCUACAAUUAUGCCACCGGGCCCAAAGAAAAAUCCCGUGAGUCGACCAGUAAGACAUUUUGGUCCGCCACCUGGUUUCAGUUCCUUCCCUCCAAAAGCUGCCGAAGAGCUGUUGUCCACCACAGCCUUGAAAAGUGAUAAUCGCCCAAUUGCACCAAUGGUCGAUUACAGCUGGCUGGAUGGAUAUCAGUUGUCCGCAGCUAAACAAAGUGUUGGAUUCAGUAGUUCAAUGAAUCAAGUGGGUCCAAAUGCAUUCCCUUCCGUGAGCCAGAGCAACGGUCAGAUGGAGAUUGCAACAUUUCCUUUCCCUGGAAAGCAAGUUGCUAAUGUUCAAGUUCAGAGUGAAAGGCCGAAAGGUUGGCAUGACCAGUUUGAAGGACAUAUGAAGCAGUAUGGGGAUCAUCUUCGACCAUUUCAGAAUGGAAACCAGCAGCCCGGGCCCCCACAGCAGUAUCAAGGGCAGUCAAUAUGGGAAGGUCGUUUCUUUGUGUGA